AUGGAUAGCGAAUUCCGAAAGGACUGCGACGGAAGCUGGACAGCUCCUUUUCCUUUCCGGAAAAAUAGACCCAAAUUACCAAAUAACAGAUCUCAGGCGAUGAAACGAGCAAGGAUACUGACAGACAGCCUCCGUAAAAACACUCAGAAAAGGCAGCAUUUCACCGAGUUUAUGGAGAAGAUAUUCAUGGAAGGGCAUGCUGAGCCAGUCCCCUUGAUUAACAGUGACAAAGAAUGCUGGUAUCUUCCCUUGUUCGGGGUAUAUCACCCACAAAAGCCAGAUCAGAUCCGAGGCGUUUUUGACUCAUCUGCCAAAUUCAAUAAUAUUUCCCUCAAUGACGUUCUGAUGUCAGGACCCGACCUCACCAACCGUUUGAUUGGAAUACUUCUUCGCUUUCGUCAAGAACCCGUUGCAUUGAUGGCAGAUAUCCAGAGAAUGUUCUACUGCUUCAAAGUUGAAGGAGAACAUAGGAACUACCUUCGCUUCCUAUGGCACAAAGACAAUAACAUUGACAAUGAGAUUGUAGACUUCAGGAUGUGCGUGCAUGUGUUUGGAAACAGCCCGAGUCCAGCAGUGGCAACUUAUGGUCUAAGGAGGACGGCUAUGCUUGCAGAGAAGCAGUACGGCGCUGACAUGAGGGAGUUUGUCAAUAAGAACUUUUAUGUUGAUGAUGCCUUAAUCUCACUCCCGACUUCAAAGGAAGCCAUAAGUCUCCUAAAGCGGACACAAGAAGCUCUAAAAGCAGAAGGCAACUUGCGUUUACACAAGAUCUGCUCCAAUUCCAAUGAAGUUUUAUCAGCCUUCGACAAAGAAGACUUAGCCAAGGAACUCCGUGACCUGGACUUUGACCACGACAAUCUUCCCUUACAACGUAGUUUAGGAGUUUGUUGGAACCUGCAGCUUGAUACAUUUACUUUUCGUGUAUCCUUGAAUGAAAAACCAUUCACAAGGAGAGGUGUGUUGUCUGUGGUAAAUGGACUGUAUGAUCCGCUUGGAUUCGCGACACCAGUGACAAUUGGUGGGAAAUUACUGUUACGUGAAGCAAUGAUAGAACCAAUAGAGUGGGAUCAACCACUGUCUGAUGACUUGCGAGUCAAAUUUGAUUCUUGGAGAGACAGUCUUAUCUCUCUAGAAAACGUCAACAUCUCAAGGGCUUAUAUUCAUCAAGUUUCAGGAAGGAAGAAUCCCAAGGAUCUUCUCGUAUUUUCGGAUGCUUCCGAAAAAGCUAUCGCCACAGUAGCAUACCUGAGAACUUUUGAUGAAAACAGUACGCAACAUUUGACAUUUGUGACCGGGAAGGCUAAAGUGGCACCAAAACAUGGCCAUACCAUUCCGAGAUUGGAAUUGUGCGCAGCUGUGAUGGGAGUUGAAAUUUAUGAAACUAUUCAAGAUGAACUUGACUUGGAUCUGAAUCAAGUGACAUUUUUCUCAGACAGUAAAGUCGUACUUGGAUACAUAAACAAUGAAACCAAGAGAUUUCAUGUAUACGUCAGAAAUCGCAUCGACAAGAUCAGAAGAAUUAGCAAACCUGCACAAUGGAGAUAUGUUCCUACGGGUCUAAACCCAGCAGAUGAAGCCACACGCUCUAUACCUGCUAGAAACCUUCAAGAAAGUUUGUGGCUUAAUGGACCGCCUAGAAAACUCCUAAGUCAAGUAGAUUCAGAUACUUCUUUCCCACUAGUUUCACCAGAAGAGGAUAAAGAAGUCCGAGCCUUGAAAACGAGCACGGAGACAACAUUAGGUUGUCAUUAUUUCGAGAAAUUCUCAAAUUGGAGAGAUCUCAAGAAAGCGAUUCGCAUUCUUAAAAAUUCAGCCAGAUUGAACGGUGUAGUGCACAAUGACAACCCUGUAUCAGAAGAAGAGUCGCAGAUCUUCAUCAUCAGAACCCUCAAAAAUGAGAUGUUUCAAAAGGAAAUAGAAGCAUUACAUUCAGGACUACCUUUGCCGAGACAGAGCACUAUACUUUCUCUCUCCCCAUAUCUAGAUGAUCUUGGAGUACUGCGUGUAGGUGGUAGACUUCGAAAUGCUAAGAUGAACCUCAUGCAAACGAAUCCCAUCAUCAUUCCCAAGCAUCAUGUAUCUGGUUUGAUAGUACGUUACUAUCAUGAAAAGGUUCACCACCAAGGUCAUCAAAUGACAGAGGGCGCUAUUCGAAAUGCUGGCUUUUGGCUGAUAGGCAGCAAAAGGCUUGUUACCUCUCAUAUAGACCACUGUGUCGAGUGUCGUAAAUUACGAGGCCGUCAAGAAGAACAAAGAAUGGCGGACUUACCUGCUGAGAGAUUUGACAUUGCACCGCCAUUUACCAACAUCGGUGUGGAUGUUUUUGGGCCCUGGACAAAUUCCACGAGAAAGACGCGUGGUGGCCAAGUAAAUUCCAAACGAUGGGCAUUGAUGAUCACCUGCCUAGUUGUACGUGCGGUCCACAUAGAGAUUCUGGAGGAGAUGACAUCCUCGUGUUUCAUUAACGCAUUAAGACGCUUUUGUGCCAUCAGAGGCGAAGUCAAGAUGAUAAGGUCAGAUUGUGGAACGAACUUUAUUGGGUCUGUAAAGGACUUGAACGCGAACGUCAUUAGCGUAGAGGCACGACCUGUCAGAGAAUAUCUUAUUGAGAACAGAAUCAACUGGGUGUUCAAUCCUCCCCACUCCUCACACAUGGGUGGAGUGUGGGAGAGGAUGAUUGGUGUUGCACGUCGGAUUCUCAACUCUCUUCUUCUUGAUGUCAAGCAUUUAACACAUGAAGUACUAACCACACUGAUGGCAGAGGUUUCAUCUAUCAUGAAUGCGAGACCUUUAGUACCAGUGUCGUCUGAUCCAGGAAAUCCACUUCCUCUGACGCCCAACACUCUUCUAACCAUGAAAACGGAUCAAACUGUGCGGUGCUUCGAGAUGGAUAACUUUAAUCCAAAGGAUCUUUACAAAAAGCAAUUGAAGUGUAUUCAGUACCUUGCUGACCAAUUUUGGACGCGAUGGAAACGUGAAUACUUACCAACUCUACAGUACCGCAAUAAAUGGCAGCAAAAUCGCAGAAAUGUGAAGGAAGAUGAUGUCGUACUCCUCAGAGACAAAUCGCUGCAUAGGAAUGAUUGGCCCAUGGGGAUUGUAGUGCGAGCUUUUUUGAGUGACGAUAAAAAGGUCCGUAAAGUAGAUGUCCGCACUGGACUAGAUAGAAAGGUUUUCACAAGACCUGUCAGUGACAUUGUUCUCCUUUUGUCAGAAUGA